UUUCUCCUGCUGAGAGGAUUCGAUUCAUUCUUGGAGAGGAGGAUGACGGCCCACCACCUCCUCAGCUCUUCACGGAGCUGGAUGAGCUUCUGUCUGUGGACGGGCAGGAGAUGGAGUGGAAGGAGACAGCCAGAUGGAUCAAGUUUGAGGAGAAGGUUGAGAAAGGUGGUGAGCGUUGGAGUAAGCCUCACGUGGCCACGCUGUCCUUACACAGCUUGAUGGAGCUGAAAUCGCACAUCGAGAAGGGCACGAUCAUGCUGGACAUGGAGGCCUCCACGCUGCCUCAGGUUGUUGAGAUGAUCACCGACAACCAGAUUGAGAGCGGCCAGUUAAAGGCUGACCUGAAGGAGAAAGUUGUGUACACUCUGCUCAGAAAGCAUCGCCACCAAACCAAGAAGUCCAACUUGCGUUCUCUUGCUGAUAUUGGCAAAACUGUUUCCAGCGCAAGUAGGCUGUUUUCAAGCACGGAAAACGCAUGCUACUCCCUCGAGCCUCCUGUGCCUUGUUUAACUCCACGAGACUCGCCGGAAUCAUGUGAGGUCAGGAGGAGCUCCAGCAUGGGAUACCUCUGGAGUCCAACUACGGCUCACCGGAACCUGACUUCCAACAGCCUGUGUGAUUUCCCUGACAAACCAGAGAAGGACCAGCUGAAGAAUAAGUUCAUGAAAAAGUUGCCCCGCGAUGCCGAGGCAUCCAACGUCCUUGUUGGAGAGGUGGACUUCCUGGAAACCCCCUGUGUUGCGUUUGUUCGUCUGCAGCAGGCCGUCAUGCUGGGGGCGCUCACUGAAGUUCCUGUGCCCACAAGGUUUCUUUUUGUGCUGUUGGGUCCUAAAGGAAAAUCAAAGUCUUACCGUGAGGUUGGACGAGCCAUCGCUACCCUGAUGUCAGAUGAGGUGUUCCAUGAUAUUGCUUACAAAGCAAAGGACAGGAAGGACCUGCUGGCUGGUAUUGAUGAGUUUCUGGAUGAAGUGAUCGUCCUGCCUCCGGGGGAGUGGGACCCUGACAUCAGGAUAGAACCGCCCAAAUCUCUGCCCUCCUCAGACAAGAGGAAGAACAUGUAUUCUGGACAGGAAGCCCCUCAGAUGAACGGUGACACCCCUCACGAUAAAGGACAUGGAGGAGGUGCAGGAGGAGGAGGAGGAGGACAUCAUGUUGGAGAGGAGCUUCAGCGAACAAGAAAGUUCUGUGGAGGUCUCAUCCUGGAUGUGAAGAGGAAGCUGCCAUUUUUCGCCAGUGACUUCUACGAUGCUCUGCAUAUCCAGUCUCUGUCGGCCAUCUUGUUCAUCUAUCUGGGCACCGUCACGAACGCCAUCACGUUUGGAGGUCUGCUUGGAGAUGCUACUGAGAACAUGCAGGGCGUGUUAGAAAGUUUCCUGGGCACGGCCCUGACAGGAGCAGUGUUCUGUCUCAUGGCGGGGCAGCCUCUAACCAUUCUCAGCAGCACAGGCCCAGUCCUGGUCUUUGAACGACUCCUCUUCAAUUUCAGCAGAGACAACGGCUUUGACUACCUGGAGUUUCGGCUGUGGAUCGGCCUGUGGUCAGGUUUUCUCUGUCUGGUGCUGGUCGCCACAGACGCCAGCUUCCUCGUGCAGUAUUUCACACGUUUCACCGAGGAAGGCUUCUCUGCACUCAUCAGCUUCAUCUUUAUCUACGACGCGUUCAAAAAGAUGAUAAAGCUGGCUAACCACAACGCAAUCAACUCAAAUUAUGAUCCAAACCUGGUCACUCAGUACGGCUGCCGAUGCGAGCCAGGCAACACGUCAGAACUCCUUAAUAUUUCCACGUGGACAAACAGUACUGAUCUGCCGGAGAAUGCCAGCUGGGCGUUGCUGACUAAGGAGCAGUGUGAGAUUAGUGGAGGGCUCUUGGUUGGAAAUGCCUGCGACUACGUGCCUGACAUCACCCUCAUGUCCUUAAUCCUGUUCUUUGGGACCUACACCUGCUCCAUGGGUCUGAAGAAGUUCAAGACUAGCAGAUUCUUCCCCACGACAGUGAGGAAACUCAUCAGUGACUUUGCGAUCAUCUUGACCAUUCUUCUCUUCUGCGGCAUGGAUGCCUUAGUUGGUGUGGACACUCCAAAGCUGAUUGUGCCUAGUGAAUUCAAGCCAACAAGUCCACUGAGGGGCUGGUUCAUCCCUCCCUUCGGAGGAAACCCCUGGUGGGUGUACUUGGCAGCUGCACUUCCUGCUCUGCUGGUCACUAUUCUUAUAUUCAUGGACCAGCAAAUCACUGCUGUGAUUGUCAACAGGAAAGAACACAAACUCAAGAAAGGAGCAGGGUAUCACCUGGACCUGUUCUGGGUGGCCAUCCUCAUAGUGGUUUGCUCCUUCAUGGGGCUGCCGUGGUACGUGGCUGCUACAGUCAUCUCCAUCGCUCACAUCGACUCUCUGAAAAUGGAGACGGAGACGUCUGCACCUGGAGAACAGCCCAAAUUUCUGGGUGUCAGAGAACAAAGAGUCACUGGCAUCGCUGUGUUCCUUCUGACGGGACUCUCUGUCUUCAUGGCUCCGAUCCUCAAGUUUAUUCCCAUGCCUGUGCUGUACGGCGUGUUUCUCUAUAUGGGAGUGGCGUCACUCAAUGGUGUGCAGUUCAUGGACCGCCUGCAGCUGCUCCUCAUGCCUGCCAAGCACCAACCGGACCUGAUCUACCUGCGCCACGUCCCUCAGAGACGUAUCCACCUCUUCACCUUCAUCCAGGCUGUGUGUUUGGCCCUCCUCUGGAUUCUCAAGUCCACUGGGGCUGCCAUUGUUUUCCCUGUCAUGAUUUUGGCUCUGGUUGCUGUCCGAAAGGCCAUGGACUACGUGUUCUCCCAACACGACCUUAGCUACCUGGAUGAUGUGAUUCCAGAGAAGGACAAGAAGAAGAAGGAGGAUGAGAAGAAAAAGAAAAACAAAAAGAAGGGGAGCCUUGACAGUGAAAUUGACUUUUCUGACUACCCCUACCAUGAAAGUGUCCCCACUAUAAAAAUCUCUAUGGAAAUGAUGGAGCAGGAGCCCAUGUUGGGGAAUAAAUCUAUGGAUAGAAAUGAGUCGCAGACUUUCCUUAAUCCCAAUUCACCGUGCUGAGCACUACUAUGAGUCUCCCGCUGUGUAAACAUGGAGGAGGUUUGUUCUCUUAUGGUUCUCCUCGGAUCCGGAUAGACCGGGAGGAAAAUUAUUUCUUCGGGAAGAAGAGCUCUGAAACUGAACUGUGACAGAAAUCUCCAGGAACACAGCACAUCGUUGUCACGACAGCCAUCCUUUGUUUUUGUACCACAGUGCCGACUCCUAACCACGUUUUUAUCUUUUCAUGUAAAGAUUUAAAUCCAAGCUGCUGGAAAUAUUUGUUUCAGCACUUUGAAGGUACCACAUUUGAACAAGGACUCUGUUUCUUCAGCUGCAGGAUUUCCUGCAGCACAGGGCUACUACCGACUUAAAAUCAGUGUUUGUCAGAGAUUAUUAAUGUCACUGUUUGUGAUUUAUAAACCAUUCAUCUUUUCAACACCAAAGAUGUCCACGAGAAAGCUUUAAAAUAUAAUUAAUUUACAUUACAGGAGGAAUUCCCUCCAGUUUUAAAUUAUUUUAUGAACAAUACAAACAAAACCAAUGUAUCUAUUUUAUUAUAAGUUUAGAAGUUAUUUUUUAAAAUCAGAA